AUGAAGACGAGGAGGGCUGACAAGUUUUCAACAAAUCAUUUUUGGGGGCGGUUGGAGCAGAGUCCUGUUUGGUGGGACAGAGGGAAGGGGACAGCUGCUUUCAGCUACACAGACUUCAAAGAUUCAUAUCAUCAGCGCUCAAGACUGCUCAUGAAUACAGCUUUUGGAAAACAGCUUAAAAUGAAAUACUGUAAGAUAUUUCUCUUUCUUCUAUUAAUGAUGAUGAGUGUCUCAACAAAUGCUCAAGGAGUUACCUGUGAGGGUGAACAGCUCAUCAAUGUUGAGAUUGUAGUUGGAAAUCCAGGUAAGGCUCCACCUUAUAAACCUGGACAUAUUUUAGUUUUUCGAUGCACAGAUGUGAACCUGAAGAUGCACGGCCAACGAACAAUUGAAUGUCUGUCAAAUGGAAAAUGGGAUUAUCCAUAUCCAAAAUGUGGAGAGGUAACAUGUCUUCUAAACACAAAAGAGAACAACAUCAGACUGGAUCGAUUUCCUGAUUUUGAGUGUCCAGUCACACCUGGAUAUAAUUUAACAUUUUCAUGCACUGGACAAGGACUGAUUUUAAAAGGACAGAGAGAAAUCACCUGUCAGUCAAACGGAGAAUGGAGCAGCCCUUUUCCUAAAUGUGAAGAAAAACACACAGAAGAAAUAACCUGUGAGCUGAAGUCAAACACAUUCGGAGUUAAAAAAAUCAAUCCUAAGGGAAAAACUAUUUUCAGAGCUGGAGAAAGUGUGGAGAUCACCUGCUCUGAAAAACACUGGAUCUUUUUUACUAAAGAAUCCAGAAAAACAUUUACAUGCAAAGAUGAUGGAAAGUGGGACAAUGAGCCUGUUUGUGCAGGUCAGACCACCAGUUGUGGACCACCACCAGACGUGAAUGAUGCAGAUACAAUAGAACUAAAAAAAGAUGAAUACACUACAGGAGAGAGAGUUGAAUACAGCUGCUUUAGUAAAUACACAUUGGAUCUGCGUCCACCUUUCUCCAGAUUCUUGACCUGUGAUCAAGGAGAAUGGAGGGGGAAUAUUAAGUGUUUAAAGCCCUGUACAGUGACUGUAGAGGAAAUGGAAAGAAGAGGUAUAGACUUGGCCUAUGUUAAUCGGCAAAAGAUGUUCGCACCCCAUAAUGAUUACGUCACCUUUGCGUGUAAGAGGGGCAAAUUUUCAGUAGGUGUUCCCCUGAGACAACAAUGUAAUGAUGGAGUGAUGACUUUACCUGAGUGUAAGUGAUUGUGAGAAUAAAGCAUUAAGUAUAGCAUCAGAUGUACUACUAAGAAAAAAAAAUAAAAAAUGAUCUUUACCUUCU